AUGUCAUGGUUGAAGGCCCACUUUGAAAGUAAUCCAAGAGACUUAGAUCUGUUGAAACAUGACAAAGUUUUAAGCAAGAAUGCACCUCCUUCGCACCUGCGUGAUGUGCCUAACUACCUAUUAGACAAGACCACCCAGGAGGCAAGGAAAAUGGUCAAGCUUGCAAGUGAUGCAAUGGGAAAUAAUAAUCGUCGCAAGGGAUUCAAGAGAAAACCAAAAACAGGUGGAGACCCUUUGAAGGCUAUCUCUGCUGCGGUAUCAAAAAGAUCGCACAAAGGUGGAAGCCACAACAAUAGCGGUGGUAGACAUAAGCACAGAAAGACCGACUGAUUUAUUCUAGAGUCUUGUAGCAGGCUCCACAAUUUUGUUGUAAUUUUGGUUCUAAAUAGUAUUGUAAUUGUCGUGAAAUUUAAUCUAAAGCCAAAAGAUUUGAUUUAGACGAUUCAUUUCAUUGACUGAUAGGAAAAGGCAACAUUGAAGCAAAUAUUAUACCAAAAACAAAACAUCAAUGCGUUAUUUACGCGUUUUACACUAAACAACUGUGUAGGACUUUUAACUUGUGCAUUUCUAUUAGACAGUAAAGAAGCUGACAUAUUAGAUUUAGAUGCAUUAUUGCAACAUGAGCAUUUCGAUGGAUGACUUUUGGUUGUCGAUUCACGUCAAGUUUUUGCUUCUAUCUCGAUAUUUCUCUUGUACAUUUUAGGAUUUUUAAGUUUCCAAGUAGAUCCAAUUCAUCAAUUAUUGAACAG